CGCAUGCGUUCAUUUUCCCGGGGCGUUGGCUGUACAAGUAGACAAAACUUUUAUUACAGACAAUCGCAUCUAAUUUGCAAAGUUUGUAAGUGGUUGCAGAAAAACCAACAUCAAUCAAAAUGUCCGGAGAAUGGCAGCACGGAUUGUUUGGAUGCUUUGACAACUUUGGUCUGUGUUUAAUGUCCUAUUUUGUACCGUGUUAUCAAUUCGGAAAGAAUGCAGAGUCGGUGGGAGAAUCGUGCCUACUGUGUGGUGUAGCUCUCCUAGUACCUCUAGUAGAUAUCUGGGCCGCUAUCAGCAUCCGAGGAAAAAUCAGGGAAUCUAAGGGAAUUCAAGGGAGCUUAAUGGGAGACUUGUUGACUUGGUGCUUCUGUCCCUUGUGUGCUCUAGUCCAGGAAGCUCAGGAAAUCCAGGGCAUGAGCCCCCAGUCCAUCGCCCGGGAGUAGGGGGGACGCGCGCCUGUGACAGUGAAUGAAUGAUAUUUCUUAAAAAGUUCUAGUUUGUGAACAAAUGGAGGAUUAUUCACAUUUAUCGAUCAGAUUGUAGUGAAAGUUUUCUGUAGCGUUGCUUGAGGUUGACAGUAAUAUUCUUGCCAUGUGCAGAGAUGGAUGUGUGGCCUGCAAAUUAGGGUCAGGGGCACCCACGGGAUGAUAAGAUGUGAAAUAACGAGUAGAAAGAUUAUAAUGUAUUGAAAUUGCAUGCCUUAACUUUGCUUUUAUCAAUUUAUAAAUAACUUUAAUAUCUUUGUCAGUAGUUCAUGUAUAUGUGUUCCUUUUAUAUACGUAUAUUUGUAAGAUUAUCAUCAGUAAUAAAUACUAUCGUUACUUUA